UCCCGGUUAUAACAUAGAAACCGUAGCCCGCGAGGCGAGGACGCGCGCUGUGAUCACGGUUCGGGGGUCCCGCGCCGCCGCCCCGAGCGCCCGCCUCGAUUCCAAAAUGGCAGGAUGUAGGCCUCGGCCUGGGGCGCGAGCCUGUGACGGUGCGGUUUGGCUCGCGUGAGGCAUGUUUCCUGUUACAUAAAUGUUACGCAAGCUGAGGACGUGCCCAUUCGAAGGUGCAACUAUAACACGAACUAGCCCGCUAGCUUGGUGCAUUGUGCUCUGGAUCCCAUGUAACCCGCGGAAGGAGCUGUCUCGCAGAGAAUGAGCGGUUACGGCGGCGGCAUGUCCGGCGACUCGGACGCGCUGUCGCGGCGGCUGCGCGACGCGGAGCGCGCACGCGCCGACGCCGAGCGCGCGCACGCCGACGCGCUGGCGCAGCUCCGGUCCGCGCAGCGCAGUCCGCUCGACGCGCAUACUGUCGACCAGCUGCAGUCGAGAGCGAGGGAGCUGGAGAAGAAGGCGGCGUUAGAAACGGUGCGGUGCGAAGAGCUCCAGCUAGAGCUGUCCGCAUCCUUACGCGCUCGCGGCGCGCCCGCCACGUCCUGGAGCCAGCCGCCGCACCAGCAGCCCGCCUCCGAGAUCGAGCGCAUCAUGGCCAAGAUCGAGCAGGACAACCGCAUCCUCGCCGAGCUCGAGCACACCCGCUCCACCACGCACGGUAUGCAAACGAGUGGGUCCAACCAAGCGCUGGGAGACUUCCACUCCCCGGCGCCGUCGCCGCUGCCGCAUUCGUACACGAGCGCGGGGCACCACCCGGUCGCCAUCUGCCAGAGCAACACCAUGCCCACGCUGUCCUCGCUCCACGCCACCGGCCAGUUCACGGCGCCCAGCUCCAACUCCGUCGCCUACUCCAUGAGCGCGCACAACCCUACCUCCUAUACGAACCCCGUCUCUGCCUACUCGACAAAUACUUACGGACUGACGAACCCCACCCACCAAGUCACCUUCACGAACCCCGUCACCGCUCCGCUCGUCAACAACAUCGGACAAAUAUCCAGCACUCUAGCGGGACUACAGAGCAACUUGCAAAAUAUUACCGGCAACGUAUCGGGCAUAAGUUUAGGAGGAGGCUUGUCCGGGCCCACGUUAACAGGAACCAUGGCGGGAUCUGGGUUGACGAGUUGCUUGAACAAUGUGCAGACCAGUUUAUCUGGAGGAUUGACUAGCACUCUUGGAGGAAUGCAGUCGACAUUGACUGGAGGAUUAGGAAACGCCCUUUCAAACUUGACGACAGGCACGCAGCUGGGAGGGUUAAAUACAAGUCUGACUGGCACGAACGUAUACGGUGCUGGAACUGGAACCUACACAAAUCCGUUGUUGUCUAGUGGAAUAGGAACGAAUGCUAUGAACAUUAAACUAAAGCCGCUAGAUGAAAUAGACCUCGGGCUCGGGAGAUACGGGACGACCACGUCCGGCGUGGGGCGAGUGGCGACGCCCGUCACGCCGCAUCAACCCGGGUGGAGCUUAGGAUUAGAUAGCCAAUUUGGAACUGAUAGAUUAGGAGCAUUAGAUUCGGGUUACAGCCAUGACCGAAAUCAAAGAGCUUUGUCUAGAAUCAUGCCUAACUCUGGAUUGGAAAUGGACAUUCGGAAUACACAUUAUAUGAACGGUACAGUCCCAAGUCAAGAGGGUCAAGUGGACAUGCUCGACAUUCCUGGGAAAGGACGUUGCUGUGUCUACAUCGCCCGGUUUUCUUACGAUCCACCAGACAUCGAGAGCGCAGAAGGGGAGCUGUCAGUGAGCGCUGGAGACUACCUGCUGGUGUGGGGUCCGCCGGACUCGAACGCCGCCAUGUUGGAUGCUGAACUGCUGGACGGCCGACGCGGGCUGGUGCCCGCUAACUUUGUCCAGCGGCUUGUGGGAGAUGACUUGUUAGAAUUCCAUCAGGCUGUAGUAGCGACACUCCGGGAUGCUGAUGAGUCGGCGACGACAGCCAUCAGUGACCUCUCGCUCAGUCGCGACGUCGCUCGGCUCAGUGAGGUGGCUGACCUCAGCGAGGGCCCUGAAGACGACGACAACGCCGAGCUGUUUUUCUCGUCGCUAGUCCCAGCGCCGCGGCAGCUGACACUCGAGAGGCAGCUCAACAAGUCUGUGCUGAUUGGCUGGACGGCCCCCGAAGGUGUCCAGCAAGCGAACAUCGAGAGCUACCAUGUGUACGUCGACGGAGUUCUGAAGACGACAGUUAAGGCUUCGGAAAGGACGCGAGCGCUGGUUGAAGGCGUUGAUUCUAAUAGGGCAUUCCCGGUUGGCAGGCCGCACCGCAUCAGCGUGCGUUCCGUGACGGUCACGCGGCGCACGUCCCGCGACGCGGCGUGCACGAUGGUGAUCGGGCGGGACACGGCCAACAUGGGCCCGACGUGCGUGCGGGCCAGCGGCGUGACGUGCUCGCAGGCCGUCAUCUCCUGGCUACCGGCUAACUCGAACCAUCAGCAUGUCGUUUGCGUUAAUAAUGUUGAGGUUCGGACGGUAAAGCCCGGAGUGUACCGCCACACGAUCACCGGUUUGUCUCCCAGCACACAGUACAGAGUAACAGUCCGAGCAAAACACUUGCGAGCCGGACCGCCCUCUGGCAUACCCAUAGAAGAAGCCCCCGGGGCAUACACGGACUUCCGGACGCUGCCCAAAGGCCUCCCCGACCCACCCGCCGAGAUUAUGGUGGAAGCGGGCCCGCAGGACGGCACGCUGCUGGUGACGUGGCAGCCCGUGCUGCGCCCGCCGGCCUCCGGGCCCGUCACGGGGUACGCCGUCUACGCGGACGGCAAGAAGGUGACCGAUGUCGACUCCCCCACCGGCGAUCACGCGCUCAUCGACAUCGGCAAGCUGAUCGGCCUCAACCCCAAAUGUGUCACUGUUCGUACAAAGUCUCGCGACAGUCAGUCGGGAGACAGCGCGCCGACGCCGAUCCCGCCAGCGGUGCUGCGCGGGGUCGUGAACCGCGGGCCCCGGGGCCCCAUGGGCCCUAUGGGCCCCAUGCCCCCGGGCCAGCAACAAGGCUUCCGGAACCAGCAGCGCCCGCAGCCCUACCAGCAGCACCAACAAGUGCUGGAACACGACGAGAACCUCUCGGACAAGGAGAUAUUCCCCUCCGCCAACAGACACGAUCCGCAUGCCGCUCAGCAAUCGGGGAUACCGGCCAUCGAAAUCACUAAAGAGGGAGCGGCGGAGCUGGGUAGUGAGGACGACGAACGCCGCCGCCAGCAGCAACCGUCCCAACCAGCGCAAGCGUCGCAGCAGCCAUCGGGUCAGCCGUACCCGAGUACACAAGCCUACCAUGGCACGCAGCAACCCCCCUAUCAACCACAGCCAGCCGGCCAGUACCCAAGUAGCCAGCCUCCGUACCCCGGCGCCCCGGGCCCCGCGGCCGGGCCCCUGCCGCCCUACAACCAGCCCCCGCCGAGGAACCACCACGAGAGGGGCCGCCCUCCUAACCCCCACCAGCAACAACAACAACAACAAGGGCAGCAGGGUGCGUACGGGCCGCGCGGGGGCGCCCCGCAGGGCCCGAGGGGCGCCGCCUCGCGCCACCCGCAGCAGCACCCGCAGUCCAAACGAAGUCGGUACUUCAUGGCGCUCUUCGACUACGACCCGGCAACCAUGAGCCCCAACCCGGAGAGCUGCGAUGAAGAACUGCCGUUUAGUGAUGGAGACAUCAUAAAGGUGUGGGGAGACAAGGACGCCGACGGUUUCUUCUGGGGCGAGUGCCGCGGGCGCCGGGGCUACGUGCCGCAUAACAUGGUGGUGGAGGUGUCGGAGGCGGACGCGGGACAGGCGGCGGUCAGCAAGCCCCGGGACCGCUGGACGGACUCGUACGCCAACCAGCCCGUGCGCCGGAUGGUGGCGCUGUUCGACUACGACCCGCAGGAACUGAGCCCUAAUGUGGAUGCCGAUGCGGAGCUAAGUUUCCACACGGGGCAAAUAAUCCACGUGUACGGCGACAUGGACGACGACGGCUUCUACAUGGCGGAGAUAGAUGGCGUGCGCGGGCUAGUGCCCAGCAACUUCCUCGCGGAGCAGGACCAGUACGCGGGCACCGUUCAGCCUGGACAAGGCGCUGUUGGUGGCAGGGGAGCGCCAGCGAUGCGCGGGCGCGGCGGCGGCGCGGCGCCAGGCCCGGGCGCGCGGCCGCCGCCGCCGCCGCGCGACAACGUCGCGCCCGCGCCGCGCGCGCAGCAGAGGAAAGAUGCCUGCCCUCUUCCCCCUUCUCAGUUAGACCACAACACUUGCGCCAGUAAUCCAGAACAGGUGAAUUCUCAGCAGGCGAGGGCGAGAGGCGCGCCGACCGCGCCGGCGCCGGCGAGCACGAUCGCGCGCACGAGCGCUGGUAACGUCGGCACGCCCGUGCAGUCGCCCGCCACCGGGGGCCUGGGCUCGCUGGGGCUGGGCUCGCUGGGCGCCAGCCCCGCCAGCGCGCCGCCCGCAGCCGCGUCGCCCGCGCGCCGCGCCGGGCCCGCCGUGGUGCCGCAGCCCGCCGUGCAGCCGCUGCAGACGCCCGCGCAGCAGCAGCCGCCCACCACCCAGCCCAACCUCAUGCAGAAGUUCACCGAGAUGACGGCCCCCGGCGGCGACAUCCUCAGCAAAGGCAAGGAGCUGAUCUUCAUGAAGUUCGGGCUGGGCGGCAAAUAAUGGCGGCGCCCCGGGCUCCGCGCGCGACGGCCGCGGCGCCCCGCCGCGCGCGCGAGGGCCCGCGUUCGGUGUCGUCGCGCCCUGACCGAACGGUGCCACGCGCCGACAAGAGUACUGUAAGAAAUGUAAAUAUUAAAUGAAUUCAAUAAACGCACAGUCUAGUGAAUAUUCAAUAUUAGUGCUGUCUCGAUAGUUAUCUCUCCACGGUCGGGGUGGAGUCAUCCGCCUCGAGUUAGUCGUGUACGUUUUCUAUCUCUCGGACUUCUUGCCCGUCUGUUAGAUUAUAUAAAUUGUUUACACAUUAUAGCAUUGUAACUGCAUAUUGUCGUAUGUAUAGAUAUGAAAUUAUAAUGAAGUUAUUGUCUAGUUGUUACUUUACAGUCCUCGUGGCAUAGUUGUUGUGAUUUUCUACGUUACGUUUACGAUCGCUAGCUGUGAGGUUUCCUUACUUACAAACAGGAAUUAAACCUUUAAAUCUCUUUUUUUAUAAAUAUUGUUUGAAAUACUUGACUAGUCUGUUUCGGGUAAAAUAAUAAUAUACAAAAAUGCAAAGAUGUCCUGUUGCAACCGUCCUUCUGACCAAGAACUGUAUUCAAAAGACUUUGAGGAUGCUUGAGUUUGCUGCAUGCGACAUCUGAGGGUCCGGUCGGAUGCUGACGGGUUACGGUGGCACUGCACCGACAUCCAUCCAUUGAACCGCACGAGUGCGUCCUGUAGGAGUGCCACCGCUCGCCAGGCAUGCAGACACACGACGAGACGGGGCUCGGCAACCCAUCCUGUUGGGAGACUCAUAGGCGACGUCACAAGGAAGCGCACGAACUGCUAAUAUCGAUUAGACGGAACCAAAUUGAAUUGUUAUGAUCCGGGCCUUAAUGAGUGAAACUGCCAGAAAAUAAUUAUAAAUUUAUCAUAUUCACGUACAUCAAAGUGAUACCAGCAUUACAAUAAUUCCUGGAUAUUUUGAAAGUAGUGUAACAAGGUUAACAUGUUAAACUUAAACUAUCUGAAGUAGGCAUCUUGUGCUGUGCGAGCGUCUGCACGCCCCCACAUAUUCUCGAAAUAAUAAUAUUCUGUGAUAGUAGACGUGAUACCAUCUUAUCAUUCUAAUAAUAAUAAUUGUACUACAUUAAUAAUUCUGCGUCAUUUAUCACUAAGAUAUUUCGAAGAGUUCUAACUUCAAGUUUUCUUUCGAAUCUAAUAAUUGUAGCUGUUGAAAGGUUGUUUAUGUAUCACACACACAAUGGAAUGAAAAUUAUAAGAGCUAUCGUUACUCCUUGGCAAUUAAAUGAGCAAACAAAUUAUUUUUAGUUUAUACCUACAUGAUUUAGUAUAUUUGUGUAUUCACAUUCCCUUCAGCGCGCACACAAUAAUAUGUGCGCGAACGCAUUGCAUUGAAUAUUUAUUAUCCUUUGCUACGACAUUAGUGUGCUACGGGUUACGCCGUAGCGUUUUGUAGCAAAACUAAAAGGGAUCACAAUGGGGAUGACGACCACAUAAAAAAUGGCAUUCUGUUUAGUCCGUCAUCAUCAGUUAAAUUGUCCAAAUAUACUGAACACAUAUUUUUCGCUUUUUCUAAUAGAUCAAAAAAUACAAAGAUAUGAAGCAUCAAAG